AUGCCACCAAAAGGAGCCAAAAAGGGCUCAGCCAAAAAGCCCAGAGCAGCUGGAGCCGCAGUGGUCAACAAGAACUGGGAGGCCGGUCUCACCAGAGCACAGUUUGAAGAGGACUCAUGGCAGGCCUGUGUGUCUUUGGUGGUUGGGAGAAGUCAAGAGGAUGAGGAGCUGAUCCGGGCUCUGGCUUUUGCCGUACAGCAACCACAACGCAAACUUUUCACCUUGUUGACCUGGGACCGCACCCUUGCAAAGAUUCAUGAACUGGGGAAUCCCAAAGCAAAAAAACCCGACAAUGUUCCCAUGUUCUAUGAGGUUACAGAGCCUGCUAAGGUGCUGCUGGAUAAAGGAGAGGAGAUUCCCUGUGACCUGAUGGCAAAAAUACUGAAGUUCCAGCUGCUUCAGAUCAAAGCCAAUGAUAAGCAGAGGAGGGAAGCCGAGCAGGCUGAGGACGAGAAGGCCAAGGCCGGUCCUCCCUCCGCUGGCAAAGACAAAGGAGGGGCCAAGGUCGCUGACAAAAAGGGAAAGAGUCAGCCUUCACCUGUGGGACAAUCCAAGGAGAAGAAGACCAAGCUCAAACGCAGGGAUGAUGUCGAGCCUCCUAAGUUCAUAGAUGAUGAGCCAGAGGAUGGUCCUCAUCACUACAUUCUGGUGCUGGGCUUCUACCAGCCCCACCUGAUUGGGGUCCUUGAUGCCAUAGGUGUACAUGUAGCUAAUGUCAUCAAACUGAGUUCAGAGCACAAACAAACUUGUGAGGUGCCGCAGGAAGAACAUACCUCUGAAGGCACUGAGCAGAGCCAGACAACAUCUCCAGUAGAUGCAGACUCAGCUGGUGUGGAGAAGGGUGCAUGGACCAGAAAGCUGAAUCUGUUCUGGUCAGGUCUGAGACCAGUUUUAGACAGCGCACCACUGGACUCCAAGCUCCACAAUGUGGCUCAGCUCAGCUACACUUUCCCAGAUCUCUUACCUUCCUUCCACACACAUGAUCCUGAGGCUGUGCUGGAGUUGGGAAGCCGAAUCUUUGAUGGAGUUGCCAAUCUCAUAUAUGACUGUUUGAACUGGCGCAGGCAGCAUCAGCACUACCAAGACAACAUCAAACUCAUCAGUGUACCCACUGUUGCUGUGUUGGAUUUUCAGCCUACAGAGGUUGUGCCAAGUCCUCUCCCCAGAACUCCACGCUCUAAGAAGAAGUCAGUGCGGGAGGAAAGCCCACCAGACCAAGAGACUGUGCUGCCUCCUCUCUCUACAGAUGUGGACAUGCGUUACUAUAGCAACCUACUCAGCUUGGUUCCACCUGAAGCUUGCUCAGUGCCCCUUAUCUUGCACUGUAUGCUGGAACAGGUGGUGAUUUCCACAGAGCAGUCUGUCUCAAUGCAGUCCCAUGUGACUGAGAAGCCCAAACCUGAUGAUGGUGCCUGGUUAGACUAUCAGCUGGUCAGCUACAUGCUCCAGAGCUUCCUGCCUCUGGCACACACAGAAAAGGAGAGGAGCCACAUGUUAAAUAGCCUGCUGACUAUAGUACAGAAUGAGGAAGACAAGAAGAGGCUAGUAGAGAAGUUUGGAGCAGAGGACACUCAGAAGAAGUCAGAGCACCCUUUGAUUAUCAAACACCACGAUGAGAGGGCACUGCGCUUGAGGGACAUCAGCGCUGUUCAGGGUUUUGAUCCAGGAGAGGUGGAGUUGUCCAUGGUGAAGCUGUCUCCAGCGUGGGAGUUGAUCCAUUCGGUAGCUAAUCCGAGAAAGAGCAACUCCCACUGGAUGGCAGUCAAACAGCAGCUUCAACACUACUGCACAAAUGAUGUUGUGUCAUGGCCUGAGGUGGAGCGUCUGCUUCAUCAAAGUGUGUUUGAGACUAUGCCACUGACCAAGGUGGACCAAAAUGGUGUACUACUGAAUGCUGCAGGACCACUGGGAACACUGGAACCAGCACAGCAGCAGACACCCAGAAUAAUCCCCUGGGACAACCCAUUAUCCUACGCUAAACAGCAGCUUCAUAAUCUACGGAUUAAAGGUCCAACAUUUCUCACUGAGGACCCUGGUAACACUGAGCAGUUCAGUGGGAGAGUGUGUAGCCAUCUGGGCCUAUCUGACAUUCAGAGUUGUAGGCUGAGAUCUCUGUUUGACUGGCACUAUGCUGAGCACCACGAUGCUUCUGUCUUCCCACAGGUACUCCAGUUAGCUUCAGAAGAAUACCGCUGCUUGGACACCUUCAGAGGACACAACAACAUCUUGUACAUUUUUUGCCACAAUCCCAGGAGUCCCCAUUGCCAGUGCAAGGAGUUAUGGGAUGUAGCCCUUCACACUGAUGUCAGGUUCAGGAAGUAUCUGGAGCAUGUCGCCAAUAUCAUUUUGGAUUGGACAAGAGAAGAGGAAUUAAAGAGAGAGGAAAUGGAACUCAGAAAUCUCAGCCGUGCUGAGUCUCCAAGAGACGAAAAGGCUACAGAUUCUGCAGAAGAGGAGGACACUUUUGAGCCGGUCAUCAGAAAAGACUCCCUUAAAGCCUGGAAGUUGGAGCAGGAGCAGCGAAAGGAAGAGGAGAUGGCCAAGAAAUCAAAGAAGGAAAGUACACCGAAAGACAAGCAGCUGAAGGAGGAGGCUAGGGCGACGAACAAUAAGAAAAGUAAAACUUUGUCAGGUGGCAAAAAGAGCAAAGCAGAGACACCAGGCAGCCCAGCCAAGACUCCUCGAGAGUCCAUUGCUACCACUGUACCCCCUGUGGAAGAAAACAGAGACCAGCAUCAGACAGAGGAGCACUUCAAUGGUUUCAGAGGCUACAGCAUGGAUGGGAAGUUGAUCCACGUGUCAGGUCGCCUCCAGUACCUUUUCCCCUCAGAUGGAGGACACAUCACUGUGGAGAAUGUCAGCUAUGUUGAAGGUUCCACGUUAACGAAACUGGCUAUCAAGAAGGAUGGACAUCACUUCUACACACACAUCAACCAAGUUGUUAUUGAUCCUCCCCCUCAGCCCAAUGACAAAGAAACCCAUGACAAAAAGGAAGACUGUAAAGUGUCAGAGCCUGUGGAGAUGAAAAGAGUAAAGCAGGGCUCCCUGUCAGCAGUGCUAAACAAUGGAAUCCAACUGUCAUACAGUUUCUAUGGUCCCACAGGAGAAUACAUAGUGAGCCCCCAGGAAACAGAAAGGGGGAUCACAGAGGCCUCCAACCCUGUCCCCAUCCCUCUCUCCUCCUCCACCCAGCGCUCCAAGGGAAUGGACCUGGAUUCAGUUCCCUCCAGGACACACACGCCAUCCAGCCAGAAAAGACCUCAGGAGUCCCAGUCUAAGGUGUGUGAAGGCCAACCAGCAUUGCCAUCAAGUCCAUUCAACAGUCUCAAUCUGUCUCUUCCUACUGGCCUAAUGCUACAGUUUCUGAGAGAGGAUUCUCAAGGAGUGUCCUCAGAGGAGCAGGGUAUGCUGGUGAGACAGAGCUUUCCUCUCCAUGGUAGGGGAGAGGUGAGGCAGCUUCAGGACCCCUCCCUCUCAAAAGAACUGUCCCGCAUUGUCACCAGCCAGGGGACUGUGAUCUGUUACAUGAGAGACAAGUCUGCAGAGGUUCUGUUUGCAGAUGGCUCAGUCAGUUUCAGCCAGGAUUGUGGUCCAGUGUGGGUGCCUGACUCUGAGGUUGAGGAGGAAAACACUCCCCACGAAGCUGAGGACAGCAAGAAAGAACAGAGCUCAGAGAAGGCAGUUGAUGCUCAAAGAGGGUGUUGGCUAACUACGACUCCCUCUGGAGCUCGCAUUUGCACCGUGGGGACCACACAUAAACACAUACCCACCACACCUCUUCUCACCUUCAAGGCUACAGAUCCCAUCACCCAUGAGAUAAUGCUGAGCCGGGAGGAUCUGGUGGUUUCUGUCCAGAACCCCGAUGGAUCUCUAAGUGUAGAACAUGCAGAUGGAACCAGGAUCACCAGUCUCUACCAAGAUAGACCACCAAACACAGGUGACCAGCAGACAGUGCAUACACACUGUAUUCAACACUUGCCUUCCAUAAGAACAUUUUUAACCUGAGUUACUGUGUCUGUUACCUUUCCAGGGGAGCAGCCUGAAAGUGUGACUCUUAAAGCCACUUCUGAAUGUGUAUGUGGCUGCACGUGUCACACGCUGCGUGUCACACGCUGCACGGACUGCAUCAGUGGGGACACGCACAUCCAAGAUACUUGUGAAACUGGAGAAGAGCAUAGCAGGGACGAUGCAAGGAGAGCAUGUGAUAGGGAGGAUGCUUGUAGAAAGUUGAGUGAGUGUGAGCGUAUGUGCAAUGAAAGAGAGUGUGCUGAAAAUAUGUGGAUGUGUAACAAUGGUGAUGAGAGCAUUUUUGCAGAAGAGACUGUGGCUGAGAAUGGUAAGAGAAGUGCAUGUGAACGUGAUAAAGGGAGUGUGUCAACCCAAGAGCGUGUGGUGUUGGUAGAGAAGGAGGGCUGCGCCACAGUGGUGAUGUAUCCAGAGCGACACACAGCUCAUGUCUUUUUGGCAGAUGGAACUGUCAUUACUGGGGACAACCAAGGAGCCUAUCAGGUGUUCCCACCCAGUGUGGGGCUGUUGUGGAUCCAAAGGGACGGGAAGUUUGUCUACUCAUCUGACCCACUUGUAACCCCCUGUCCAAAGGGUGGCAGUCCCACAAACCAACCAGGAAGCUACACCUUGAGUCACACGGACAAAGUGGCCUGUGAUAUUACAGACCCCGAUGGGAAUCACUUCCAGGUGUUAGACGACGGGCAGAUAUCAGUGCUGAACUUCAGCCCUGCUCCAAGCCCACUGAAACAUGAUGAGGAGGAACUAGAGGAGGAGGAGGACAGAGAAGUGGCCAAGCUUCAUGUAAAACACAGAGAGCACUGUCCGAGGCUGUUUCUGGUACAUAAGGAUGGCUCAGGCACUGAACUCCUUAGCUCUCAAACUGUAGAAGAGCUGCUUUCCCAGGCGUACUCUGACCCUACCAUAGCACUGCUGAAGGAACCACUGCCAGACACACAAGAUGAAUUUGGCAUUACCAUCCUAAAGCCCAGUCACCAGAGUGUGUGGUCCCAGUGGAUGCUAGGGAAACAGAACCCUGACAUUACCCCUCCCAACCUCAGAAACCGCAGCUGGCAUGACUUCCCUUGUGUAGAGAAGAAGAGCCCAGGUCCUCCAUUUGCUACUGACAUGGGACGAGGUCUGACUCUGAGAGAGAGGUCUGGUGGGUCUGCAGCACAGCACCAACCGGUCAGAAGUUGCCCUAAAGUCCUGGAGAUGAGACAACUAUAUCAGCACCGACCAUUCACCACGCCGCUCAAAAAUUCUAUAGACACACGAUUGAAGGAGUACAUAGAGAGUUUGAUGGAGAGGGAGCAGCGAUCAGAAGAGAGGAAAGUUAAAGACCCUCGCACUGAGGAGGAGAGUGUCCAUGCCAAUGAUCUUCUCAAUCUGGACCUGUCUUUCGCAGAAGAAGAGGAUUCAGAUCACAGCUUUGACAAGAGGACUUCAGAGGACAUAGGCAGUCUGUACAGCCAAGGUGUUGGAGCCCAAGUUGAGCAGUCCGAUGUUUCCACAGCCAUAGUAGCUAAUGACAGUUUUACUAAAGGAAAGGAGUCAAAAUGGACUGAAAGACUUGCACAAUACAGACAGGAGAUUUGUGAGGAGAAGGCUUGUAGAGUGGCUCUGAGAAGGAAGAACAUUGUUCCUUAUUUCCACCCAGAAAAUAUGCCAAUAUAUCAGAAUCUGCUACAGCACCAAACACCAGCCAUGAGGAGUCUAUUUACAGAUCUCCCUCCGAUCCCCAAGUCAGUCAGUGCUGAGGCCUUUCUGAGAGAAGCGCCACAAGAGAACACUCCACGACCCUUAAACCCAACACCCUCUCAGUCAGCAAGUCAUGUAGCAGGAAGUGAAAGGAUGCCUCAGAAGAGACCCACUAACCCCACACCUCAGACUGCUGUGUCCUUGUGUGUGUCCAUGCCAGAUGAAAGGGGUCUGAGGGGUUCAUCAGGGCCAUAUAAAUCAGUCCAGCUGGAUGUGACUGGAAGGCCCAGGAGGACUAAAGUCAGACUGCCAACCUCCAUCCUCAGUUCUAAAACCUGCAGUGUACCAAAUCAACAGUUCCUAUCAGUGGAAGAGCCAGUGAGGAGGAAGUGUCGAACGAUUUCUCUGACUGAUCCAAAUGUUGUAGUGAGGGGCUUCCAGCUCCGUCCGUCCGGUGUUGACUUUGGCACACUGCAAGAGGGCACCUCCUCGACCGUUACUGUGGUGAUGAAGAACGUGGGUGUUGACACCUGCAGGUUCCAUGUGAAACAGCCUCCGCUUGCUACAGGCCUCCGGGUCAUCUACAAUCCUGGGCCUGUGGCUGCCGGUUUGCAGGCCAAUCUGCAGGUUCAGCUGUUUGCCAUGUGUACAACCCAAGCAGGAGAGGUUGAGCCAAAAAAUUACAUCUCCCAGGAUAUUAUCAUCCGCACUGAGACAGACAUCCUCUACCUGCCUGUCACUGCUACCAUCCUUUCUGAGAGGUUAUAUGAAGUUUGGCUCAAGGACCACACCAGUGCACACAAAAAGAAAGGCUCCAGGGUACCUGAAGUGGCUCCCAGCCUCCCAGUUGGCCAGGCAGUCAAACAAAGGCGACCCAAUACCCUCCUGGCCAGUCCUGCAGCAAAAAAAGGACAUCCUAAUCGCGCCACCAGUCGAUGAGGAAUACACAAAACCAUCCUCUUCAAUCAGCUUUCACAUUAUAAAAGUCUUCAUUCCAUUAUCAUCAUACCGCAUGC